AUGCAGCUUCUGUCUUGGAUUCGUCCGGAGCCUCGCCAGCGUGCCGCGCCCCUGCAGCCAUUCACACCAUUGCUUGGAGCCACUGUGCUCCCGGUGCAGGGCCGGGUUGCCGGCGACGAAGCUUCGGCCGAUGCUCUUCCGGCCACUCAGGAGUGCCCAGCUGGCGAGCUGGAGCAGGAUGAGUUCAUUGAGAAGUUCAUGCCGCUCUCCCGGCAGCCGACGUUCGAGCGCCGCGCCUGGGAAGCCCUGGAGUGGUUCCGUGUCAUGGACGAAGAUGGGUCCGGCACCAUCACCACCUCUGAGAUGCUGAACUGCAUGCUCGAGAGCGAGGAGCUUCUUCAAGCCGUCAUCCGGCACCGGCUCUUUGUCGGCACCCUCGCUGGCGGCCCACGCUCGAUGCAGCUGACAGUAGCGGAGCCCGACCCAGAGAAGGAGGGGGAGGUCUUGCUGCACUACGCCAAGGUGGGCACCCGUUCUCCGGUCCUGCUGGGAGUUUUCCCGCCGAACGACUUUGUGGGGCGAGAUUCCCUCAUCAGGUGGGAAAACCUUCUCGUGUCCAUUAUCGAUGGCGAGCCCUCACAAGUCUUCGAGGACGAUGUGAACGCGCAGGUGGCUGUACGACAGGAAGAUGCCACAGGCAUGCUCUCCACUGACUGGCCGUCCGACCUGCGGGGCAUCUUCGUGGGGAUCUCCUCGAUCUUCUAUGCCGCCAGGGACGCUGGCAUCACAGAGCGGCUGAUACAGAAGAAGGACUGCUUGCUGGCCCUUUCUUCGGCUAUGGAAGCCGAGCUCGUCCGAGGCUCCAGCGAAGCAAUCCAGGAGGAGUGGGCCGCCAAGAAGUUGCACCUCCACCAGCAGAAGGUCGCCAACCUGGCGAUGGUGACCUUCCCAGCCCUCUUGGGCCAGUGUGGGCUUGGGAGUGUUCUCACCGUUUCUGCUGAUAUAGUCCGUCGUCUUGUUGCCAUGGCUUCAUCGACCGACCUGCCAGCUUCAGCAUUGCUCGUUCAUGGCAAAUGGAUCCAAAGCUUGUUGGACGGUUCGAAGAUCUGGGAGCUGAGGGGGGAGCGAACAAAGAAACGGGAGCGGAUCGCAUUGGCCUGUAAAGGAACAGGCAAGCUGUUUGGCGAGGUUCAAGUCACCGACUGCUUGCCCGUCGGUGUCGUCGACUCUGGAGGGCAACUGGUGGCAGUCCAAGGUCAUGAGCAGCAUUUCUUGCUCCUGCCCGCCAACAUGACCAAGCACCGUGUUUCGAACGAGGAGCUGCGUGGUUUCCGCUACCGUCGUUGGUACGCCUGGGUCGUCAGCGAUCCAGUGCACUACGAAGAGCCAGUCAGGUAUUCGCACCCGCGUGGAGCGCAGGACUGGGUGAGGUUGGACAAGUGCCGCCCGGCACCUUCGACUGAGGACGAGGCCAGGAGCGCUCCGAAGAGGCAACGAUUGUCUUCGACUUCCACAGAUGAUCGGGCCGACAGGCGCGGCCUAGCUGGCGCUCAAGGCCAGACUAGUUGA